AUGCUACAAUUGUGUGUUGUUGGCAAACCCGAAGGCUCCAAAGACGAUCACUGCAUCAAAAAGAAAGAUCUUAUUAUGAAACUGAUGGACCUAGAGCCUGAUGUUAAGAUCGCUGGUCUUCCUCCCGGCCACCAAGACCCAGCUCCUGAACCAAGAGUUGCCACUGGUGAGAUUCCAUUUGUUCAAGUCGACAACCCAGGAAAAUGGCCCCACGUGAUCUACCGAGGCAAGGUAGACAAGUCUAAAAAGUACCAAGGCCACAAGCUACCGGCUGGUGCCAAAUGUUGUCCUUCUGUGAAUGGACAGAGAGCAUGCAAUGGAUGGGAGUUUCACUAUGGUCCUUGGGAGCACAAUCAUGAAGAAGCAGGAUCCAAUGCUUUCCGGAGUGGCGCUACAACGCAAAACAUGUUUCCGAAUAGCCGAAAGGGAUCCUUGAAUGCCACCACACUCAAGAAGCUUGGCCUCUCCUAUCUGUGA